UCUUUCAGCCCUCCCGACCUCGGGCCGCAGAGAAGAGGAAGCUGUGGCGAGUCUCCCUGAGUGUUUCUACUCAGUCACACUCUUUCAGCGCUGAGUGUCGGCAGCACGUUUACAGCUGAGGACGAAUAGAUCUCAGUCUUCAUCCGUCCAUCAUCUGCUCCUCUGCUCCUCCGUCAUGGCUCCAUCAGUCGUCCUUCUCCUCCUCCUCGGCCUGCUGAGCUCCGCCAGCUCGCUGUCUCCUCCACGAACCUCCUUCCUCCUCAACUCUGCAGACAGACCUCUGGUCCUCUACAGCCUCCCCGACGUCCACAACACAACCACACUGUUGCUAAGCGACGAUGGAUCCACCCUGUACGUAGGGGCACGGGACGCCAUCCUCUCAUUGGACGUCAGUCAGAGUGAUGUCAUCAACCUGAAGAAGAAGGUGGAGUGGAGUCCAUCUGAGAACGAAAUAAACGAUUGUAAAUAUAAAGGGAAGAACCCAACGGUCGACUGUCCAAACUUCGUGCAUGUUCUGCAGCCGAUAAACUCCACCCAUCUCUACGCCUGCGGCAGCUACGCCUACAGCCCCCAUGAUGCCUACAUCGACGCAGAAAGCUUCUCCAUGGUCCAACAAGGCGGAGCUAAAGGUCGCUGUCCGUUCAGCCCCUUCCAGAGGAACGCCGCCAUCACCAUCGACGGCGAACUGUUCACCGCCACCACAACUGACUUCAGAGGAGUCAAACCACAGAUUUCUCGACACUUCAGCAAAGAUGGCCGCCCGGACGUCAGCCAGGACUCGUCCGUCAGCUUACUGGAGGAGCCAGUGUUUGUCAGCUCGUCGUUGGACCCAUCAGACAGGAAACUCUACUUCUUCUUUAGUGAAGUUGGGAAAGAGUUCAGCUUCACAGAGGAGUUGCGAAUCGCCCGGGUGGCCCAAGUCUGCAAGGAUGAUGUUGGUGGACAGAGGACUCUGCAGAAGAAGUGGACGUCCUUUGCCAAAGCCCCUCUGCUCUGUCAGUCUCCUAAACAGCUUCCCUUCAAUGAUCUCCAGGACGUGUUCACCCUCCAGCCACCGGAGGGCGGCGACGCCUCAGACACUCUGUUCUACGGCGUCUUCAACUCUCAGUGGUCCUCGGGUCCAGAAUCUGCCGUGUGCGUCUUUAAGCUGCAGGACAUCAGGGCAGCGUUCACUAAAAGCUACAGGACCUUCAACAUGCAGACCUACCAGUGGAGUCCAAUGCUGGAAAAACGCUCCUACCUGGGAAAGUGUGGGCUGGACAACGCUUCAGAUUCUGACUUAGCAGAGGUGAAGAGGAGUUUCCUGACCAGCGACAGUGUAAAACCAGUCGGAGUCGGUCCGGUUCUUGUUUCUUCAGCGCAGCAAUACAGUCGCGUGGCUGCCAUGAGGACUCAGGCAGCCAAUGGAAAACAGUAUACUGUCCUUUUCCUUCUUACAGAGUCUGGAUUCCUCCACAAAGUGGUUUUGCUUGAUCGGGGUGCACAGGUCAUUGAGGAGAUUCAGGUCUUCACACAACCUCAGCUGGUCAAAAGCAUCAUCCUCUCGUCCUCCAAGGGAGUUCUCUAUGUGGGGACAUCGGAGGGCGUGACCGCUGUACCUGUGGCCAAGUGCUCGAUCUACAGAACCUGCAGCCAGUGUAUUCUGGCCAGAGAUCCUCUGUGUGGAUGGAGCCGGACCAGGAGGGUCUGCACCGGCCUGGACGGCAGUGACGAGAACAUGGCUCAAAACCUGGAGGACGGCAAUGUGGAAGAGGAAUGUCAGAGACAAACCAAGGCCAGCCUGGACAGAGAAGUCAUCGUUCAAUUAUACAAGGCAGUGAAGCUUCAGUGUCGGAAACCUUCCAACCUGGCCACCCUGACCUGGACCUCCUCCCGAUUCCAAAACCUGCCACGGGAACUCUUUAUCCAGUCAGCUGACGGCGGUUUGAGCUUCCACGCCACCGCCGACACCUUCGGGACCUAUCGCUGUGAGGCAGAGGAAGGCGCGUACAAGGAGGUAGUCGCAAGCUAUGUCGUCCGAACCGUUGCUUCUCCUCGCUCCGUGAGUCCGAUUCCACAACCCGUGACCACCGACAAAGACGAGUCCUACGAGGACAUUGUAACGGAGAAACCAGUGACUACUAUGAUACGACCUUCGGGGGAGCCAGACUACAAGAUCAACGACAAAGAUGAGGAAUUCGAGCCAGUUCUAAAAGACAAGGGCGUGGAUUCGAACAUCAUCCCGACCUCCAGAAAGGACACCCAGUCCGGGAAGAAGCCGCUUGAUGACAGUCAGGUGACAUCAGAGAAGAAUUACUACAGCGAGCUGGUUGUUGUGUCCCUCCUGCUGGCCGCCUGCAUCUGCGUCCUGGUGCUCGCAGCGCUCCACGUGUGGCGCCAGAGGAAAACUGGCCUCAAAAUGAAUCUGGUCGGUCCAGACGAGGGCAGCAAAACAAACCGGUCUAUGGAGAGCGUCCCCUCUCUGAGCAGCCCGGAGGAUCCCGAGGUGAAGGUGGUGGAGUAACGCCGUUGCGGUGAAUGGACGCCUUACGGUAUCUCAACGUUUGCCUUCGAGAGCUCGUCUCGCGAGCCUACGUCGAAACACUUCAGCAGAAUCUGUCACAAACUGCUUGUUUCCGAGGCAAAGUUGAUCCUGAAAUCAUUUUUCACGUAGUUUAAGUGAAGAUUUAAUCACUGAUUUAGUGCGACGAUGAACUGGUCCAUCCGACACCGAUCGGUGUUCGGUUUAAAUGGGGGUGAAAUUAAUAUAUAGACGUUAAAAUAUUUUGCGUUUUAUUAGACAGAAAUGUGUAACAGCGAUGUUUAAAUGCAGGUUGAAUAACUUUCUUUUUUAAAUUAAAUUAUCCGUCUAUAUGUUUAGAAUCAGGGAUCGUGCUGCGUGAACAUCGUCUGCUGUUGAUGUGUUUGAAUGUCACGAACACAGCUGCUUUUCGCCGCGUGGAUGAAUGUAAACAGAAUGAAAUGUGAAACCUGCUGUGAAUGUAAAGAGGGCCGGGAACAAUAUAUAUCGAUAUAUCAGUAAUAAUCAAUAACACGUGAAAUCUGCAAAAAAAGUUACAGUCAGAAAGAAGUUAGAAGGAAACCGUUUGACGUGUUUGUGUUUUUCUGUUGAACGCUGUCGCCCCCCCGUGUCUCAGAUUAAAACUACAGAAUGCGAUCAUGUUGAUUAAUUAUCGUUGUCCCUCGAUAUUGAUUCAUCAACAUUUGCCCGGCGCUAAAUGUAAUUCUAAUUUUGUUUCCAGUGUGUGUUUUACUGAUGAAGAUGAUGUUGAUCUCUGAUGAAUCCUGAUAGUGUACAGAUCCGUUUGUUUUUAAAAAUAUCUGCAGGGAUUCAAACUUUGAAGAAGUUGUUUUGCUCUUAUAGAGUAUUGAUCUGUCUUUCAGCGCAGAUAUAAAAACUCCUUUAAUGAUCCUCAAACAGCUUUUUCAAAAAGAAAUUCUGAUCCUGAUGGUCAAAUAAAAGUUUUUCAACACACAAAA